CAACCCUCCUAUGGUUAUUGUGAGGAUGAAAUAAUAGAUGAACUUAAAAGCCCUUUGUUUAUAAAUUGUUAGGAGCAGGAAAACCAUUAGGAAGAGAGUGGUUGAAAUGGGGUGCUUGUGCCUGAGAGUGAGCUGAGAGGAUGAAGGAAAAUUCUGGAACAGGAUGGGGGGGAUGGUGAUGAUUGUUGAGAAUCUGUAACAGGUGAGAGAAUAUUUUGCUGUGCAAAUGGGGAAGUCAGGUUGCCAGGUCAGGUGGCUUCCCUCCUCCAGCCCCUUAUCACAUGGGCUACUGGGCAGCUCAUUCUAGGGUCAAUGUGUGUCACCAGACUCUAGAUAACACCUUUUCCCUGCUACCUUGUGGGUUGUGAGGAUAAUAAAACAGCCUGUAGGCUUCUUAGAUACGAACUGAGCAAAACGGCUAAAGAUACAGCUAUUGGUAUAGGGAGUCUAGAAAGGGGAGGUGAAGAACAGUGCCCCCAUACAGUCCCCAGGGCUGUGAGCCAGUCCUGGUGGACUAAGAUGGGGAAGAUGCAUUUGAUUUACUGGGAAACACAUAACUCACUCUAGCAUUGUCAUUCUUGAAAUGUACCCAACAAUGUUCUAUCUCCUACAUUUACUUCCAGGUGGUCACCUGGGCCUUGCCCUGAGCCUUAGAUUACAAAGUGAAAAUUCAGGACAGGGUGGUAAACCUCCCUAUUGGUAGAUGACAGUCAAUCUGGAGUGAGGAAAAUGAAUCUGAGUAAACAUGGGAAGAAAUUUCUUCCCCUUCCCCUAUUCUGCCUGUUUCUGGGAUACAGAGAGGGGAGAUCCCAGCCCCAAGAGGUGGCCAGGCACCCACCUAGUAAAGUGGGCCUUGGUAAGGGGUGAGAAUAAAACACUGGAGAUACAGAGGAAGAAGGAAUAAAUUCCAGCUUAGGGGCCUGGAAGAUGAAUGGAAUUUGCCUUCACAGUGCAGGCAGAGGGAAUGGCACAUGCCAAAUUGUAGACAUAGGAGAGGGCCUGGCAUGAAAGAAUGGAUAAUAAUAGUACAGACAUUCCUCAGAGAUAUUGCAGGUAGAGGGUCCUGCCUUCCACGUGUGAAAUACCGCAACACCUGUGAAGUGCAAUAAAACGAGGACUACUUCCCAGCACCCCAGCCUUCUGCCAUGUCUGACCCCAUCACACUGAAUGUCGGGGGAAAGCUCUACACAACCUCACUGGCAACUUUGACCAGCUUCCCCGACUCCAUGCUGGGUGCCAUGUUCAGUGGGAAGAUGCCCACCAAAAGGGACAGCCAGGGCAACUGCUUCAUUGACCGUGAUGGCAAGGUGUUCCGCUACAUCCUCAACUUCCUGCGAACUUCCCACCUGGACUUGCCCGAGGACUUCCAGGAGAUGGGCCUGCUCCGCCGGGAGGCCGACUUCUACCAGGUGCAGCCCCUGAUUGAGGCAUUGCAGGAGAAGGAGGUGGAGCUCUCCAAGGCCGAAAAGAAUGCCAUGCUGAACAUCACACUGAACCAACGUGUGCAGACAGUCCACUUCACCGUGCGUGAGGCACCCCAGAUCUACAGCCUCUCCUCCUCCAGCAUGGAAGUCUUCAACGCCAACAUCUUCAGCACCUCCUGCCUCUUCCUCAAGCUACUCGGCUCUAAGCUCUUCUACUGCUCAAAUGGUAAUCUCUCCUCCAUCACCAGCCACUUGCAGGACCCCAACCACCUGACUCUGGACUGGGUGGCCAAUGUGGAGGGCCUCCCAGAGGAGGAGUACACUAAACAGAACCUCAAGAGGCUCUGGGUGGUGCCAGCCAACAAGCAGAUCAACAGCUUCCAGGUCUUUGUGGAAGAGGUGCUGAAAAUUGCUCUGAGUGAUGGAUUCUGCAUCGAUUCUUCUCACCCACAUGCUCUGGAUUUUAUGAACAAUAAGAUUAUUCGAUUAAUACGGUACAGGUAAAAGGAUCCCAGCCACCCUGGAGUAGGGCUCCGAAGAAGCUCCGUGUCAGCCAAGAUCUUGAAGAGCACCUCACUGGCGGUGUAAGGCAGGGCGCUGUACUAAUGUGUAUUAAUCGUGUAGCAGGACUUGAUCCCCCCGUGAUGCAGUCCACCUGUAGGAAUAUAUGUGUCCUCUCAACAGAGCCACCUUUUUCUUGCCAUUUGGAGCUUAAGAUGAGCAGUCCAUUAUGACAAGUGAAGAAUCUACCAAUGUGUCCUAAAGGAGGCCACAGGAGGACUUUCUGGCCAAACAGAGGAGCGGCAGUUUUGUCAUGGGCUCCAUCUCUCUUUGUACCACUAGGCAGUGCCUCACUUUAGCCAUCUGUAAUAAGAUCCUCUGGUGGAAGGGAUGGAGUGAGAACAAAAUGCUCCCUGCAAUUUCGCGAGAUGGAAAGUACUCAGAAAUUCCCAUCAUACCUUCUCCUCCAUCCAGAAGAUAUCAAGAGGACCCUGGAUUAGUUUGCCUGAGGGUGACCAUGUUUGACUGGCUUAGAAAUGCAGUAUGUUCUCAAAGCUGUCUUAUUGGCUGCCUCUGGGGGACAGAAUUGAGCAAUGGCAUGGCCUAGAGGAGUGAGCGUCUAGGCAGGGUCUAGAAGACGGGAAAAUCCCUCUUGACUGGGUCAAAUCUAAGCAUUUGGGGAUUUCUGGCAGAAAUGGGCUGCUGUCCCUGUGAAGGUUGGAAAAUCUGGAGCCAGUGCAAUGAAAGGCAUUUCAUAUCAUGGCC